AUGCAAAGCUUAGAAAGUGACAAAUGGAAAUGCGCCAUGAAUGAAGAAAUGCAGUCUCUCCGGAAGAACAAUACUUGGGAGUUGGCGCAAUUACUGAAAGGUAAAAGGGCAAUCGGAUGCAAAUGGGUAUUCGCAAAGAAAGAUGGAUCUCCUAGCAAGAAAGAUAUUCGCUACAAGGCAAGAUUGGUAGCUAAAGGCUACGCUCAGAAGGAGGGAAUUGACUACAAUGAUGUAUUUUCCCCUGUUGUGAAGCAUUCCUCCAUCAGAAUUUUGUUGGCCUUGGUAGCACAAUUGAAUUUGGAGCUAGCUCAACUUGAUGUUAAGACGGCUUUCUUGCAUGGUGAGUUAGAAGAGGAGAUCUAUAUGACUCAGCCUGAAGGAUACACAAAUGCUGGUGGUAGAAAUUGGGUUUGUAAGUUGAACAAAUCGCUAUAUGGAUUGAAGCAAUCCCCGAGGCAGUGGUACAAGCGAUUUGAUAGCUUUAUGAAAAGGCAGAAGUACACAAGAAGCAAAUAUGACAAUUGUGUGUAUUUGCAGAAGCUGCAUGACGGAUCUUUCAUUUAUCUACUCUUGUAUGUUGAUGAUAUGUUAAUCGCUUCGAAGAGCCAAAAAGAGAUAGAUAAGCUGAAGGCUCAGUUGAAUCAAGAGUUCGAGAUGAAAGAUCUAGGUGAGGCCAAGAAGAUGUGGAAGUUGUUAAUGAAACGUAGGGGAGAAGGAAAAAACGCAAUUUCUAUGGGACGAAUUCCAACUCCACCACCUUCACUGCUUUGGUACUUUGUUUCAAGAAAUAAAUUAGUUGGAGACAUCCCUUCUUCAAUAUGCAAUUCAAGUUCCCUUAAAGUUCUCACUUUAUGGAACAACAGUUUUAACGGAACAAUUCCCGAGUGCAUUGGAAACUUGAGUUCUUCUCUUUCACACAUUGAUCUAGGGAACAAUAAUUUUCAUGGUAAAAUACCAGAAUGUUUUGCUAAAUAUUGCACGUUACAAAGUUUUCGCAUCAACAACAACCAAAUAGGAGGGUCACUGCCACGAUCUUUAGGUAAUUGCAAAGAUUUGAACCUUCUUGAUGUUGGGAACAACAAUUUGAAUGACACUUUCCCGAACUGGUUAGGAAAUUUAGAUCAUCUACAAGUUCUUGUCUUGAGAUCGAAUAAAUUCUUUGGCCAAAUGGAUAACUCUGAUGUUACAGUUUCCUUCACUCGUUUGCACGUCAUUGAUCUUUCUUGCAAUGACUUCAGUGGCUACUUACCUACCAAUUUUUUUAAAAAUCUACAUUCCAUUAGAAAGGGGCAUGAAAAUAAACUUGAACUAGAGUACAUGGAAGAUGUAUCAGAUUAUAUUGCUUUCAAUUAUGUUUAUGGUUUAUCUUUAACAGUAAAAGGGUCGGAAAUAGAGAUUCAAUCAUUGUCAACCAUAUGGAUGGUAAUUGACUUUUCAGACAAUCAAUUCUUCGGAGCAUUGCCCAAAACACUUGGUGAGCUUCAUUCACUUAUUGUCCUAAACCUCUCUCAUAAUUGCUUAACAGGUCCUAUUCCAUCAUCAUUAGGUGACCUGUCUGAACUUGAAUCAUUAGAUCUCUCAUCAAACAAGUUCCAAGGAAGAAUUCCAACAGAGUUAACAAAUCUUGGAUUCUUAGAGGUGCUAAACCUUUCUCAAAAUAAUCUCAAGGGACCCAUCCCUCAAGGCAAACAAUUUGAUGGUUUUACUAAUGAUUCUUACAAAGAAAACUUGGGUUUAUGCGGCUUUCCAUUGUCAAAAAUAUGUGAUAAUGAUAGGGGAACUUUGGUCAAAUUUGAUAGAGAUGAUGAUGAAUUGAAUUGGAAAUUUUCUAUAUUGAUGGGGUACGGAUGUGGAUUGGUGUUAGGAUUGAGUAUGGGAUACAUCGUAUUCACGACUGGAAAACCAUGGUGGUUGAUUAGGAUCAUCAAGCUAGUUCAGCAAAGAUUUACAAGAAGGUAG